CAUCUACUACUGUCCUGUUCGCAUGAGCCUUGGACUGAGAGUGUCAAUUGUUCUUCUCACCUUAUCAAGUUUCGUUCAAUAUGGCAGGUCCGAUUCGGCAGCUCAUAGACAUCACGUCGCUCGAAAACUACUUGCACAAACAUGUACCGGAGAUCAAGACACCUCUUGACGUCAAACAGUUUGGUUAUGGCCAAUCAAAUCCCACCUAUCUCUUGACGUCCUCUGAUAAACAGCAAUAUGUGCUACGCAAAAAGCCCCCAGGAAAGCUGCUAUCCAAAACCGCUCACAAAGUCGAACGCGAAUACAGAAUCUUGCAUGCUCUUGAGACAACCGAUGUCCCAGUCCCAAAGACAUAUUGCUUGUGUGAGGACGAUACAGUCAUUGGUACGGCUUUUUACAUCAUGGAAUUUCUGGAUGGCAGGAUCAUUGAGGAUCCAUGUCUACCGGAUGUCAGCCCUGAGCACAGAAAGGAGAUGUGGCGGUCUGCAGUAACGACACUGGCAAAGUUUCAUCGUGUAGCUCCGGCUUCCGUGAAUCUCGCAUCCUAUGGAAAGGCAGAUGGUUUCUACGACCGUCAACUUGCGACAUUCAAUACCAUCCAGGACGCUCAGGCAAAGGCUGUCGACAUUGAGUCAAACGAGCCUGUGGGAAAGAUUCCUCAUUUCGAUGACAUGGUCGCCUUCUUCGGCAACAAAGCUACCCAGCCUCAGGAUCGCAGUACCUUUGUUCACGGCGACUACAAAAUCGAUAACGUGGUCUUCCACAAGACAGAGCCAAAGGUUAUAGGAAUAUUGGACUGGGAAAUGUCAACGAUAGGGCACCCCCUUUCCGACCUCAGUAACUUACUCACCCCCUUCACCACUGCAGACUCCCCUGUCGCUAGAUCGAUCGGACGAGGAAGUGAAACCUUCCUCCCCGGUAACACGCCAGGUCUCCCGACCAAGCAACAGUGCAUCGAGUGGUACCGGAAAGUGGCUGGAUGGGACCCGCGACCAGACAUGACCUGGGGCGAGGCGUUUGGAAUAUAUCGUGGCAGCAUAAUCAUGCAAGGGAUCGCGGCGAGAUAUGCUCUCAGACAGGCAAGCAGUGCUCGCGCGCAAGAAUACGCAGUACAGAUGCGGCCCUUUGCCACAGUCGGGUGGGAUCUUGUCCAACAAUGCCAGAAGGAACGAGCAAAACAGGGUAGCAAGGCCAAGCUGUAA